AUACAAGUUACAUACAUAGCUCAUAUUAUUCUAGAAGAAAGGCUUACAAGCUGCAACUAAAUCCUUGCGAAUUAUGAGUUCACCACGCCUUUUCGUUCUCGAGGACUUGUUUAAGUUUAACCACAUUGUCUUGGAUCCGUUGGUUGAAGUAUAUUCCCUGCCUUUCUUACUUCCCAAAAUCUUGGAGUAUCCCGAACUGGUUCUAGCGACAGAUGCCCCUGGCGGUCGUCUCGUGGGCUUUAUUCUCGGAACCCGUAUCGAGGACUCGACCGAGCAUAUUGGCGAUGGAAAGGACCUGGGUUGGAGUCAUGGACAUGUCUCUGCCCUGGCUGUAGCCCAUAACUAUCGUAAUCUGGGCUUGGCCACUCGUCUGUUGACUACUCUUAGGGAUAUGAUGGACCGUCAGAAGGACCUGUAUAUGGAUCUAUUUGUGCGUGAGAAGAAUAAGAACGCCAUCCGACUUUAUGAGUCCUUGGGAUAUGUAAAAUAUCGCUGGUUGCCCCAGUUUUAUGCCAACGAUCACGGUUAUGAUAUGCGACUGCCCUUAUCCCGGGAUGUCGAUAGGAUUUCCCUGGAGGGGAUUUUUAUCAAUAAGCUGUAUAGUUUCAGCAGUAUGCUGUACUAUCUCUUUAUGCUCUAUUUAUUCGGACUCAAAGACAUUUUGUUGUAUGGUAUUGGCAAAGGCUUGAGUAGGGUUUUAAAUCUAUUAUAUAAAACCACAUAAUUUAUCUGUUCACUUGGCCCACGAAUACUAUAAAUUAAAACAUUUAUGAAACAACUAGAGAAAGUUCAUUGCACUCGGCCGACGAAAUUGAACUAAAAGCAUGAGCAAAUCGCUCAAAGUAAAAAAUGAAAACUUGAAAAUAUAUGUCAGAAAGCAUAUGGAAACACGAUUUGUUUAUAUGACAACAUUGAACCAAAAUUUUCAAAUGCUAUGCGUUUCAAGUUGCGCAAAAUGCCAAAUUGUGAAAAUCAUUGCGCGUGUUUCAGACACAUGUCCGGA